UCAUGGAAUACCCAAAAUACUUAUUUGUAAAGAUCUCCUCAACAACAUCAUGUCGAUAUUUUAAGUCGUGUUAUGUUCAAUUAAUCCUCUAUUGUUACACAAAAAUGUUUCCUAAAAAAAAGUAGUUGCUUUAAAAUAAUCUAAAGCUAAAAAUGAUCUGAGAGUCCAUGUCGCUAAAAAAUACAUAUUUUUUAAGUUUGCAUAGUAAGGUAAAAAAAAACAAUUUAAUGUACUCGACAAAACAUAUUAUUUCCUCACUACUUCCUCAUGAUGUCCUAUGUCCUGUUUUAAUCGUACAAACUGUUAUUUUUCGUUAUCUCCCCUUUUAUUUUUGCUCUUUUAACUACAUUUCUCGGAGUCCUGAGCUCAUUGGACAGCCGUUCCACUUUUGUUAGACUUCCUGCUCUUGCAAGAAAGUGAUUUGGCCAGCUUAUUUCAUACUCAAGGUUUACACUCUUUAUGUUUGCGCCCAUUCCUUUUUACAUUGAUUUCAGUAGGUGCCUACAAUGGUGUUGUUAUUAAAAAUGAAUGUUUUGAAGCUACUGAAACACGAGAAGCUCUUGGUUUAAGGAGCAGAUCCAGAAAAGAAGUUUUUCCUAUUGUGGCUGCUGGGGUGAUUGGUUGAUAUAGCGGGGUGAGCUGCUGAUUGGUCCGUGUGCAGCUACAGAUCACGGUGCAGUUAAAGGUCCCUUCAGUCCGUGCGUACGCUGAUCUUCCUGCUAAAAAAUAGCCAUCGGGCAAAUGGAAAAAUUCGCUUAUCGUACGGACGAGUGUGUAGAUUUGAUGAAUUCCCGCACAUGGAUCAAAACACACUUCCCUGGAAGAAGUAACCGCCUGUCUUUCUUUGGAUUUAUAAACCUGUGAGUUCCAGUACAUGCAGGGAAAGUUGGAAAACGGAGAGGACUGAAGCGCAAUCAGUGAAGGUACUAAGUUGAGGAGCGGCGCAUUAGCCUAGUGAAUUCAUAAAACAUCCGAAACUGAAAUAUUAAUGUAGCAGUGCACAUACAAAACGUAAGUGAACGAUAUUUGUUUGGAAAACGUAUACCAGGAUAAUUUUGCGCAUUUUUCGAUUUACAGACUCCUCUGAACACUUCUUUGGAAGUGUCAUUAGCUGCAGCAGCCGGGACACUUAAUUCAGUCUAGCCAGAGUCAUGGCAGGGAUGUGCAGCUCCACCGUAAAGACCCUGGAGGACUUGACUCUCGAUUCGGGCUAUGGAGCAGGGGACUCUUGUAAGUCUCUUAGCCUCUCGUCUUCAAAAUCCAAUUCGCAGGCGUUCAUGAGCGCUCCGCACCGGGGCAACUGGUGGUACUAUUCAGGGUCUAUGAACAGCCGAAAUAACAGCUGGGACACAGUCAAUACUGUACUGCCGGAAGACCCCGAGGACAUGUUCUCCAAAUGUCCCCGGCUCCCGGAGUUGGAGGAAUUCCCCUGGACCGACGACGAAGUGGGCAAGAUCUUGCGCAAAACACCUGGCAAGGGGGCAGCGUUUUCCCAGGAGGCUGUCCGGAGGCUCUCUACUCUCCUACGAAGGGCUUUGAUUCGGAUUUCCAGAGAAGCCCAGCGGCUCAGUGUCAUGCAUUGCCGCUGCACCCGCUUUGAGGUGCAGAGCGCCAUACGCCUGGUGCUGAGCUGGGCGCUGGCGGAGAGCUGCGUCUCGGCUACAGUCAAGGCGAUCUCGCUGUACAGCAUGAGCGCAGGCGAGUGGCUGCGGAAAGGCAAGUCCUCCCGAUGCGGUCUGACCUUCUCGGUUGGCCGCUUCUUCCGCUGGAUGGUGGACACCCGCAUCUCCGUGCGCAUCCACGAGUACGCGGCGAUCUGCCUGGCCGCUUGCAUGGAGGGACUGGUGGAGGAGGUGGGGACGCGUGUGCUGAUGGGGGAGAGGCAGCCGAGUCCAGAUGGAGUUUCACUUGGAACAGGAGUCACGGCCGAAGCUUUGGAGGCGGUUGUCAACAAUGAUGCCGAGCUCUGGGGACUCCUGCAGCCCUACGAGCAUCUCAUCUGUGGGAAGAACGCAAACGGUGUGCUGUCCCUGCCUGCUCACUUCAGCCCCUACACAGAGGGCUCCUCCAUCCAGGAGAGCCGAGAGGAUGCCUAUGCACAGCUGGAGCUGCGGACAUUGGAGCAGUCCCUUCUCGCCACCUGCGUAGGCAGUAUUUCCGAGCUCAGUGACCUGGUCUCCAGGGCGAUGCAUCACAUGCAGCGCCUGAGCACCAACAGGCCGGGCCUGAGCCCCGCGCGCCACAGCCGCCAGCAGCCCGUGUCCUGGUCUCCCGACGCUCUGCACACUCUCUACUACUUCCUGCGCUGCCCGCAGAUGGAGUCCAUGGAGAACCCCAACCUGGACCCUCCCAGAAUGGCCCUCAGCAAGGAAAGGCCCUUCCUCCUGCUGCCGCCGUUGAUGGAGUGGAUCCGCGUGGCCAUCGUGCACGCCGAGCACCGCCGCAGCCUGCUGGUGGACAGUGACGAUGUGCGGCAGACUGCCAGGCAGCUCCUCCCCGGACUGGACUGUGAGCCGCGGCAGCUCAAGCCGGAAUGCUGUUUCAGCUCUUUCAGGAGGCUAGAUGCCAAGGCGGCUACAGACAAGUUCCAGCUGGACCUGGGCUUCCGCAUGUUGAACUGUGGCAGGACAGACCUGAUCAGCCAGGCCAUCGAGCUCUUGGGGCCGGAUGGCGUAAACACCAUGGACGACCAGGGCAUGACCCCACUCAUGUAUGCCUGUUCAAUAGGAGACGAGGCCCUGGUACAGAUGCUGAUAGAUGCUGGAGCCAAUUUGGAUUUAGCAGUCCCAGGGUACUCUCUCAAACACCCAUCGGUUCACCCAGACAGCCGACACUGGGCUGCCCUAACUUUUGCAGUGCUUCAUGGCCACAUCUCUGUGGUCCAGCUCCUCCUGGAUGCUGGAGCCGAUGUGGAGGGCGCAGCCGUCACCGAUGGGGAGGAGAGCUAUGCCGAGACGCCCCUACAGCUGGCAUCAGCAGCAGGUAACUAUGAGAUGGUGAGCCUUCUGUUAGCGCGUGGGGCUGACCCCAUGUUGAGGAUACGCGAUCCCAAUGGUCUGACGUCAUCACUUUACGAAGAUAUGAAUUGCUUCAGCCAUGCAGCAGCUCAUGGACACAGGAACGUGCUGCGGAAGUUGCUGACUCAGCCCCAGCAGGUGAAGCAGGACGUCCUGUCUCUGGAGGAGAUCCUGGCGGAGGGAGUGGAGGGGCAGCCCCCCGUUUGCCGUCCUUUCAGUCCCAGCGGGGGGCAGCUCAAGCUGUGCAAGGCCCGCAUGAAGGCUCUGCAGGAAGCCACCUACUACAGCGCAGAGCACGGCUACCUGGACGUCACCAUGGAGCUGCGCUCACUGGGUGUGCCCUGGAAGCUUCACGUGUGGCUGGAGUCUCUGCGGAGCUCCCACCAGCAGUCCAGGACCUCAGUUACCCUGACCCUCCUGCGGGAGUUCUCCACCAUCAGGGAAGAGGAUUACUGUGAAGAACUGGUCAGCCAAGGCCUACCACUUAUGUUCUCCAUCCUCAGGACAAGCAAGAAUGAUGCUAUUAACCAGCAGCUGGCAUCCAUCUUCAGUCACUGUUACGGGAAAGGUCCAUUACCAAUAAUUCCUGAAGUCAAGAUAACACUUCCAGCCCAAUUAGACCCCCAUUUCCUGAACAAUAAAGAGAUGUCUGAUGUGACAUUCCUGAUUGAGGGAAAGCCAUUCUAUGGUCACAAGGUCCUACUCAUGAGCGCCUCUGAAAGGUUUAAGAUUCUGCUGAGUCCCACUGGGUCUGCAGAUACCCACAACCGCAAGAACAUAGAGAUCACUGACGUCAGGUACAGGAUAUUUGAGAUGAUGAUGAAAUACUUGUACUGUGGAGGGGCAGAAUCACUGCUAGUUCCUGUGUCUGAUGUACUAGAGCUGCUCUCUGCAGCCAGUCUCUUUCAGCUCCCAGCCCUACAGCGCCACUGUGAGGUUAUCUGCUGUCAGAACAUCACCCUGGAAAAUGCAGUCAGCAUAUAUCGUUCAGCCAAGGUGCACAGCAUCACAGAGCUGGCUUUGUUUUGUGAAAGCUACUUCCUGCAGAGCAUGGAAGGGCUGGUGGAGCAGGAAGCUUUCAAGACGCAGGUGCUGAAUCCAAACAGCAGAGUACAGGGGCGAGAGCCCCUGGAGGACCUAGAGGCCAUGCUGGCCAGGAGGAUCCGCUCAGUAUACAUUACAUCUAGAGUGUGAGGGUCUGGGUUGCCAUGGAAGCAGGCCAGGACCAGUGAGAGGGGCAAAGUUUUACCAGGGCAAAAUGGAGAGUGUGACAGGGGACAAGCGGCUGAGGAGUUUGACAUCUCGCGUUCAUUCCGCUGGUCUCUCUCCCCCAGAGAAGAGAAAUGGCACAGCUGAUCUGCACCGCAUAGAAAAAGAGCUGUAAAGCAGAAAUCUUUGGAUUGUGCACUGACGCGCCCUUCCCACAGAGCCGCGAGAUGACUGGCCGAUGUUAUUUUUGGAAAAUGGUACUAACAGAACUUUGUUAAAGUGGGAAUGGAUUUUUUUUUUUUAUUCCAAGCAGAUCCUUAAUAUUUAUUUAACAGUGAGAGAGCUCUUGGUUAGCUCUCGGGUUAGGUUCCAGGCAAAUAAUUUUGGCGUUGAGCUGGUUCACGUCUGACCUAUUUAAAGUGUCACUUCAAUUUUUGUAACUCAUGAGCCUUCCUGCCAAAUUAGUUCUCUUGAGUAAAAUAUGAACAGAAGCAAACUGAACGUAAUUUAAUAUUUUAUGAGUUAUCAGUCGCACAAUAUUUGCAGACGUCUAUAACUAAAGGUUCUGUGUAAAUAAUGUUUGCCAAGAGCGAAUUGCAAGUAACCUUGAGUUGUAUGUAAAAUACUGCCACAAAAUGUAUACAGUCACUGCCUUUGAAUGUUUGAAAGACAUACACAUUGAAUGACCGUAGCAUUAAUUAAUGUUAUACAGAGUGUAAAGAGUAGAUUAUACAUUCCAAUAGUUACUGAAUAUAUAAUGUAGAAAUCUGAACAUAUUGCAUUUGAACUGCAGACAAAGGUCUCUCCUAGUAUCAAAUGGAAUAUGCAAACUGUAGCACUGUGUGGGUCUACGAUGGUGUGCCUUAAAUAAAAUGUUGCUGGAA